UGGGCCGAGCCAGCGCUUGCGAGCGGGGCCUCGGUGCCCACCUACCUCCUCGUGCUGUCGCGGCCGCGGGCUCCGCUCGGAGUUGCAGUUGCUAUGGAGGAAAGAGAGGAAGAGUCAUCAGGUUGCUCAAGUACUGUGGUUGAAAAAAACCCGGAUAGUUGCAUAAGCAGUCGUGUUCUCCUCUUGGCUGAUGAAAAAUUUGAUUUUGAUCUUUCACUAUCUCCACUGAGUGGAAAUGAGGAAGAUGAAGUUUUUGUUGGGCCUCCUGGACAUAAGGAAAAAUGUAUUGCUGUUAGUAUUGAGACAGUAGUUGAAGAAAGUCAAAGUGCUAAGAAAAAGUGUUCUCCUCCACCUGAUGAUAAACUGACAUGGAGUCCUCUUUCAGGAGAGAAAUUUGUGGAAAUUUUUAAAGAAGCUCACUUGCUGGCACUUCAGUUAAAAAAGGACAGCAAAGAAGAACUGAAAGUCAGCCAAUUUGAAGAACCCAAAAGCAAGAAUAUUGAAAAAUUUGUGCAAGACUCCAAGUCAAAACUGAACAUCUUCCAAAAAGGGAAGGUGGAAAAAAGCCCCAAAACUAUUAAAAGGGAAACGUACUGUGUGUGGGAUAGCCCAGCUUGUCAACUGCCGCCUUCAUUUCAGAAGCAGUUGGAGUUGCCCAUGCCAGCAGAUUCCAGAACACAUGCAUUGCAGACUCCUUCAAAUGCAUCUAGCCCUGUCAAAAUCCAUAAAUCUUCUAAAUUAGCCAUUUCAUCUUUAGCACAAAAACAGCAAACAGAUGAAAAGAAUAAAAAAGUAAUAAGCAAGUUGCAGACUGCAAAGGUAUCAGCUGCUUUUGGAAAAAACAAUCAGUUGACAAUUGAAAAGCCCAAACCAGGGAAACAGCUCAGUCCCUCUGGGAUCAAGCACUUGAACAGCAUGGGGUCAUCUGAAGACCUGCUCUCUGACAAGUCCAGUACUGCUUCAGAUGUCUGUAACGCAUCAUUCAGUGGCAGUUCAACAGAGGACAAGAAAACUCUUCCUGUUCCAAGCAAGCUGGGGUUAAGGAAGGCAACACAGUUAAAACCUCUUGGUGCUGUUACUGGUCCCCAGAGAAAGAACACCUCGUCAUCGUCGUCAUCAGUUUCCAGUAUGAGCUCCAGCGUGUCUGUCUCCCCCGCAGGAGGAAAUGCUAAAUCAAAUCUACCUUCAAAAACUUCUGUGAGCAGCUCUAAACUUUCAUCUACUAUAAGCAGACAGUCUCUUGUUAAAUCUGUAAGAGUGUCAUCUGCCAAUUCUGAUUUAUCCUGCAAGCAAGCAAGAUCUGCUAGUACUCCUAGAACACCUACUGUUGUAAAUUCUGCCAAAUCAUCAGUUUUUGCGACUGCAUCCCAGACUGUAGCAAGUGGAAUUCAGAGAUUAAACUCUGUUCCUAAUCUGCAGAAGCUAAAUCAGCAAAAUAAAGAUGGAAGCGGAAUAAAAGGAAGCUCAUGUCCAAAGCCCAAGGCUAAAGUUGUACCUACAACUCAGAUUAAGGUCCCUAAAAUGGGUGGAGGUACAUCACUAGAAAAUGCAGCACCUAAAAUAGCAGAAUCAAUAAGAUUACCAUCCUGCAGCAUACUUGGAAGUGGUGUGGCUGUCAGUACUCCUGUUAGAGUGUCAGAAGAUGGGCUCUGGCAGAACUCCUGCCACAGUACAAGGUCCCUUUCAAUGACGCCAGCCAGUAUAAAGCGUUCUGCUCUUCCUACUCCCAUUAAUCGUCGUACGUCAGGAAUUCCAGUAAUGUCUCCUAAAAGUGUACCUAGAUUUGUGCCAUCACGAAACUUUAAGCUGGUUCAUCAAGUUUCCAGCACAUCCAACAAAAAGAUUCUUACAUCUUGUUCUAAACAGGCAACAGAGAACAAGGCCCGGGAGUCUUCAUCUGAAGAUGAAAUAUCUCCUCCACCUGUCAUACCUCUUAUACUUGAUUUUUCACCAGAAAAAUCAACUGUAGAUGUAUUGCAAACCGAAGUAAAAGAAGAAACUAAAAUACCAAACAAUUCAGCUGAAGAAACGCAAACCAAUGAGGUGUUGCUGGUAGAUAUUGGAAUGGCUAAAACUCCCAGUGCUAUUUCAGAGUGGGAAAGCAGACCUCUCAUUGACCUUUCAAAUACUCCUGAUGUGAAUAACGCUGUUCCUCUAAAGCCUACUGUUUUGGGACAGCUGAUAGAUCUGAGUUCUCCUCUUAUCACUCUGAGCCCUGACAUGAACAAAGAGAACCUGGAUUCUCCUUUACUGAAGUUCUGAACUGAAGCAGAACCCAAAAUUCCUCUUGGCAUCUGCAACUUUAAUUUGAGCUGUUGGAGGUGUUAUCUUGACAGAGGAACAUGGAGCAACUACUAUAUAACAAAAUGAAGAACUGAAUGCAACUCAUUUGACAAAAGAUUGAGAAUUUCAGUCGCCAAGAAUUCUAGUUUGAAUACAUGUGACUUGACCUUACAUAUGACAAUGCAUGUAUUUAUUUUUAAAGUAAAUUAUUAUAUAGAAAAACAUCAACCUUCUUCUAAAGAUGUAAUUGGAAAGUGAAAUGGUAUUAAACUUACAAUAUUUGAAAAAUUAAGAUGUAAUUAAAAACUUCAAUCUGUGAAUUUUAAUGAU